AUGGAUGCGACCAUUGCAAUCGAAAACACCUCACGCAACGACGAAGUGAAGAUGCAGGUACUGCAGAGCGUUGAUGGUCUCAACGACCACGGCAAGACCCAAGCUAAGACCACCCACGACACUCCGGUUCCAGAAUCUGUGAUGCAUGAUCUUCAGCGUAGUCCCGCAACUGGCCAAGAUCACCCAGUCUUUGAGUUCUCGGCUGAGCUUCAGUGUCCCCUCAAUGAGACUUCUGCGGCAAACCCUGACAAUCAUCUAGCAUUCACAGCCAAGUCCACGCUUGACAAUAGCAUUGUCACUUCCCUCGGUGGAGAGGAGGCCGCCAGAGACCUUCUCAAGUCCGUUUUGUCGUCAGUUUUGGGCAUGUACUCUGAGAUCAUUAACGACGAGAUUCGGCAAGCUCGGGACGAUUCUCGUCCCAAGGACGCGCCAGUGCAUGAUUGUACAUGCUUCACUGGCUCUGCGAAGCCUGAAUCUAUACCUGAGCCCCAGACUCAGACCGAGACCGAGACCGAGACCGAACCUGAACAUGAACCUAGCCAAACUGCAGAAAGCAGCGCAGCGGACACCCCCAAAGAGACUGAAUAUGAAAUCGUGGCCCCAGAAGAUAUGGAGGUUUCGCUAUGCAAGGUUGAUGAUGUGAGACCGACCCCUUUAGUACACGAAGCGCGCUCAGUCCCCCUCAAGCAACGGACCUUCCUCCCUUAUGAUCCCGCGAGAGGAGCUAUCGAAGAGGACGACAACUUGUCAAGCGACAAGUACGGUAAGUGGGUGUUGGUACUAAGACGCGUGUUCAACAGAUGGGACCAAUCGUUGAGCGAAGUCUGCAUCGAUAUUAAGAGCCCAUUGGUAUUUGACGUGCUACACAAGGCUCUCCGCGAUGAAAGAGCAAGUCUCGACGUGGAACCUUCCCUACCAUGGCCAAACGACGGCAUCUUUCGAUGGGGUGAACUCUGUGUGAAGCACGUCAACGUGCUGCUGCAGCUUGUCGAGGAGAAAUACGCGUCGGUUAUUAGCGACAUUGAGCACAUGUUUCCAAAAGGAACUACUACGUUCAAAAUCUUGCGAGAAGCCUUUUUCCCCAAGGACAUCAUUGUUGAUGGAAAUGCGGACAUACCACGAGCAUACCGGGUCCUUGCCGCUGACUACAGAGCCGAUCAAUACGGAAAUAAAUGGCUCCAAAUCAAAGCAGUAUAUAUCGACUACGAUGGGAAUAGGUUUGGGACGAGGAAGGUGAAAUUCACAAUUGGGGAUUUUCCCGGGAUUCGGUAUUUCUCUGAUCUUGAUGUGUUCCCAUUGAAGUAUCACUCAAAUCACCCCCACGUUAUCGACAAUCUUGUGGCUCGAGGCCGGCGGUUUGUGGAUUUACAGGGUCAACAUUUUAAAGCACACAGAGAUGUGUCGCAGAACAAACUCCGCCGAGUGAUGGUAGAUACUGCCGCUAUGAAACGCCUUGGCUCGUGCAACAUCGAGGUACGCGAUAUCGAGAGUGAACUUAUUGAUGGUCAAUUGACCGAGGAGCAUCUCAUGCUGUGUACCGAUACGAUUCCGGCGUUCUCCUUCGAGGAUAAGAGGAGCAUUACGGUAAACAUCGAUGAUCUCGAAGACAUUGUGUUCAACCAACAGCUUUUUCACCAGCUUGUACUCCCAGCGCCUACCAAGGAAAUAGUGCGUGUUAUGGUAAAGAGCCACGUCAAUGGCGUGGACUUUGACGACUUUACUAAACGCAAGGGAAAAGGUCUCAUUAUGCUGCUACAUGGCCCUCCUGGGGUAGGAAAGACAAUGACGGCCGAAGCUGUUGCCGAGUAUAGCCAGCGACCACUGUAUACAGUUACGUCAGGAGAAUUGGGUGCUGACUCCAAGGACCUCGAGCGGCAUCUGAACUGUGCUCUUGACAUCGCGAAAGCCUUCCGUGCCGUACUACUUCUUGAUGAGGCUGACGUCUUCAUGGAAGAACGAUCGACUAAGAACAUCUCACAUAAUGCGUUGGUUGCAGUCUUCCUCCGGCUUCUGGAGUAUUACCAGGGCAUCCUGAUUCUCACCACAAACCGAGUGAAGAACAUCGAUGAUGCAUUCCAUUCCCGUAUCCACAUGACUCUUAAAUACCCGAAUCUGGGUGUCGAAGCUCGGGGCAAAAUAUGGCAGAACUUUGGGGAGCAUAUUGGCGGCCUUGAGCUGUCUGAACACGAAUACCAUCAACUUGCACAACGCGAGCUUAACGGACGCCAGAUCAAGAAUGUAUUUGGGUUGUGCAAAGCUUUGGCGGCUGAUAAAGGGCAGGAAAUCUCUAUAGAUCUCAUAAUGAUGGUCCUCGAUGUUAUGGAGUCUCAGACGCCCAGACUUGGCACAAUUUAA